GUUGUCUGCUACAUGUAGCUGAAAAAUGUUUCCUCCACGCAAAAAAUCGACGAAGCAUGUUUCUAGCAUUGAAAAUGUUUCGACUAGAGAAGAUCACCAAAAGGACCUGUUUGAGGUUCACUUUCUGGGUAUUGUGCCAGACAUUGUGAUCAGUGGCUCUCACACACGGGACCGGGAGGCUCAACUUGUUGACAGAAUUGAAGAGGCUCAGAUUGAAGGGCGACUACCCAUGGUUGCUCAAGAUGAUGAGAAAGUGAAGUUAAACAUCUCCAUACAUGGCUUCAUAGUUCUUGGAAUGAAAGGACAGGAGGUACUGCAGAGACAUCCUCUUCACACGAUUGCCCAGGUGGUGCAGUAUUGUGACGGUGGUACCAUCAAUAACAUUGCCUUUAAGAUUGGCAAUAUCAAUAAACCGGUGUUCAGUGCCUACAUAUUCCAGUGCUUGAGUGAGGAGCAAGCGUCGGAGAUCUGUCAAAAUGUGCGAGCCAUGUUUGAUAAAGUAACAGAGAAAAACAGAUGACAAAUCUGAAAUUAUGUGAUUCAAGUUUUGAUAUAUUUCAGAUUUUUAUUGGACAUGGGUGCUAAAACAGCAAAAAUUAUUAUUAUACUGUGCAGUUGUCACACUUAUACACUUUUAUUCUGUACUGGUACGAGUAUAUAAAGGGGAUUUUGCAUGGAUUUAAACGGGGUUUAUGUUUAAACUUUUGGCUACUGAGCUUGUUUAUGCUGUUUUUCACAUACAUAAUUAAUUCAAAUUUACCUUUUAUUUUGUACUGGUACGAGUAUAUAAAGGGGAUUUUGCAUGGAUUUAAACGGGGUUUAUGUUUAAACAUUUGGCUACUGUGCUUUUUUCUGUGUUUUUUUUCCAUAAAUAUUUGACUGAAUUUUACCUUUUAUUCUGUAAACAUUUUGUUAUCUCUGAUUGUGUUAUCUCUUAGCACUCUAUAGUGACAUUCUAUUGUAAUUUGUCUAUUUAUAAAAUCAUGUUAAUGUUGAUAUUGUUGACUUUUCAAAUUAAUGCAAAUUAGAAUAAAAAUAUAUUUGCCAUUUUUAAUGUGCAUCAGAUAUUUCGCUUCUAACUAAAAUAAAUGGCAGAGGAAUAAUUCAA